AUGAGAAUUGAAAACUUUAUCAAAAAAGGGUCGAAACAAAUGGAGAUGAAUGUUGUGUUGAAAAAUAUUUCUAUUAAACAAAUUCCAACUGUCAAGAAAGAAAAACUGGGCGUUUUAGAACAAUUUUAUAACAAAGAUCUGAAACAAAAUGUUCAUCACUUGAAAGAUAUCUAUGUUGUUUGGCGUUUGAUUACUUUCUGA